AGUGAAAGGAGCAUUGAUGCUGAGGGCUGCCGAGCUGGGCCAGACAACCGACCAGAGCCGGGCUCCGGCGACCUCCCUACCUCCUGCUCGGCGCUUAGCAGCCACCGCACACCAUGCACCCCCAAGGGCGCACCACCUCCCCGCAGCUGCUGCUCGGCCUCUUCCUGGUGCUACUGCUGCUGCUGCAGUUGCCCUCCGAGUCCAGCGCCUCCGAGAACCCCAAGGUGAAGCAAAAAGCGCAGAUCCGACAGAGGGAGGUGGUAGACCUGUACAAUGGGAUGUGCUUACAGGGACCGGCCGGAGUUCCUGGUCGUGAUGGCAGCCCUGGGGCCAAUGGCAUCCCUGGCACACCUGGAAUUCCAGGUCGGGAUGGAUUCAAAGGAGAAAAGGGGGAGUGCCUACGGGAAAGUUUUGAGGAGUCCUGGACCCCAAACUACAAGCAGUGCUCGUGGAGUUCUCUGAAUUACGGCAUCGAUCUUGGGAAAAUUGUGGAGUGCACGUUCACGAAGAUGCGCUCCAACAGCGCUCUGCGAGUCCUGUUCAGCGGCUCCCUUCGGCUAAAGUGCAGAAACGCGUGCUGCCAGCGCUGGUAUUUCACAUUUAACGGAGCCGAGUGUUCAGGACCUCUUCCCAUUGAAGCCAUCAUCUAUCUGGAUCAAGGAAGCCCUGAAUUAAAUUCAACAAUCAAUAUCCACCGUACUUCUUCGGUGGAAGGACUGUGUGAAGGCAUCGGUGCUGGGCUGGUGGACGUGGCCAUCUGGGUCGGCACCUGCUCUGACUACCCUAAAGGAGAUGCUUCUACUGGAUGGAACUCGGUGUCGCGCAUCAUUAUCGAAGAGCUGCCAAAAUAAGUCCUCCGAAGCUCCCGCUCCCUACCUCUUUUAUUUUUAAAACCAAACCUUUGAAGGGUUCAUUUAAAUGACGUUUGAGAAAUCACUUUAUGUACCCAGCUGAAUGAAAAUGCAAAGUUAAAUAUGUUUACAGACCGAAGUGUGAUUCUCACAUUUUAAAGCCUAGCAUUAUUCAUUUUACUUCAACCAAGGAUGGUUUCAGGAUUUUCUCUCAGUACUUUUUCAUAAUUCUGUUCUUUGAAGCUUUAUAUUGGAAUGUCACUGUGAUCUUUAGUAUUUCUUAUUUCCUGCUGUCAACUUUUUUUUAAAAAAAAACAUAAAGGUUAUGUCAUUGUACGAGCUGUAAAUGUUUAGAAUUAUUUUGUAUCUGUUAAGUAAAAUGUUUCAAACAGCUUUAA